AUGGUGCAGCACAUGGACCACUGCGAGACGGACGGAAGCAUGUCCAGAGAGGCCACCGACUCCGAGGAGAGCGAGUUCAUGGCAUGCAGUCCCGUGGCCAUCAACCCGAACUGGUGCAAGACAGCCAAUGGACACAUCAAAAGACCCAUGAACGCUUUUAUGGUCUGGUCCAAGAUCGAGCGGAGAAAGAUCAUGGAGCAGUCCCCUGAUAUGCACAACGCGGAGAUUUCUAAGCGGCUGGGGAAGCGCUGGAAGAUGCUCAAGGAUACGGAGAAGAUUCCGUUUAUCCGUGAGGCAGAGAGGCUGCGGUUGAAACACAUGGCAGAUUAUCCAGACUACAAAUACAGACCCAAGAAGAAACCCAAGCAGGAAAACUCCAAGGCCCUGGCGUCCUCUCCAGAGAAGUGCGCCAAGCUGACUAAGGUUAACAUCAAGAAGUGUGCGAAACUGAAAACUAAUAAGGGCCCUAUUAAGCACGCGCACGGAUACGAUGAGUGCGUGUUCCCGUCUUACAAAGUUCACGUGAAAAGUGAGCCCUCAGACGAAGAGGACGAGGACUCUGAGGACGAGUAUUACGCGCGCCAGGAGCAGCGCACGAAGCCUUAUUUUGUUGCCAAAGUGCCCACCAGCCCGAGUCUGAGCUCGUCUGUGGAGUCCGAGGGGACGAGCAUGUACGAAGAGGUCCGGAGCAGCGGCAGCAGAUUGUUUUAUAACAUUAAGAACAUCACCAAGCAGCAGCAUGCGCCCUGCAGGUCUGCGUCCACCUCCUCCUCCUCCUCUUCAUCCUCUUCUCCGUCCUCUUCCUCUUCUGCUGGGGACCGGGAUGAGCUGCUCUUUGACUUAUGCUUGGGCUCAGGCUCAGAGCUGGGGAACCCCAAUUCAGGAAACCUCUCCUUGUCUCUGGUGGAUAAGGACUUGGACUCGUACAGUGAGGGCAGCAUGGGCUCACAUUUUGAGUUCCCAGAUUACUGCACACCAGAACUGAGUGAGAUGAUCGCAGGAGACUGGUUAGAAACUAACUUUUCUGACCUGGUCUUCACGUACUAA